AUGACGGACCCUCGAAAACAGUCCGACAUGGACAUCUUUGUUGAAAAAAGUACCCUUCAUAAAGUGGCUGACUCCCCUCCUAGUGAGUCUGAAGGCAUCGUCAAGGACUGGGAUGGCGAAGAGGCUACCGUAAGACGCAAGGUCGACUUCAUUCUCCUCCCUGUCCUCGCUCUGGCCUUUUUCUCCAUGCAGAUGGAUCGAGGCAAUGUCAGCGCGGUGUUGACCUCGACCAUCACCCAAGACCUACAUAUCACAACGAACCAAGUCAACAUCGGAACACAACUUCUUUCGGCGGGCAUUGUGCUCUCGGAAAUCCCGUCCAAUAUUAUUAUGCAGCGGAUUGGACCCCGUAUCUGGCUCUCGGGUCAAUUGUUUGCCUGGGGCCUCGUUGCAACCUUUCAGGCAUUCGUCCAGUCCUACUCGGCAUACCUGGUGACUCGAAUUCUACUGGGAUUCUGCGAGGGUGGUUUUAUUCCAGGUGCUCUCUACUAUCUGUCAACCUGGUACAAGAAGGACGAGACCAGUCUUCGUACUAGUCUCUUCUUUUACGGUCAGAUGUUUGCCUCUGCUACAUCCAGCUUGAUCUCCGCCGGUUUACUCAAGCUUGAUGGUGCUCACGGACUAGCGGGAUGGCGAUGGAUUUUCCUCGUCGAGGGUCUCAUGACGCUCUUCAUCGGGAUUGUCUUUACCUUGUUUGUUCCGCCCAAGGCGGGCGAUGGCCGUGCCUUGAUAGGGUUCGGUCGCUGGAACUAUUUCACGGAGAGGGAAUCCCAGAUUAUCUGUAAUCGUGUCUUGCUGGAUGAUCCUCGGAAGGCCCGCGGUCACAUCCAAAUCUCCCGAUCCGAUAUCUGGAACACCGUGAAGCAGCCUCGCAUUCUGCAGCACGCCAUUUUGACUCUCGUCUCCAUGUCCGGCUUCCAAGGGCUAACUCAAUACACCCCUGCCAUGAUCAAGUCCUUGGGGUUCAGUGCCAUUCGGGCCAAUGCCCUGGCAUCCGUUCCGGUCUACUGCAGUAUCGUGUGGCUGACCGCGUUGUCCCUUGCGGCAGAUUGGACCGGCCACCGCGGACCGUUCGUACUGAUCGCCAUUACCUGGAACGUCAUCUCUUAUGUUUGCCUGCGAACAACCCCGUACGCCGCUGGGAAGUGGCACCGAUACGCUGUUAUCGCCAUUGCCAAUGUCUCUUAUUGCAGCAUGCACAUUCUGAACGUGGGCUGGCUUUCGGUUUACUGCAAAUCGCCCCAAGAGCGAAGCGUGGCCAUGGCUCUGGUUGUCAUGGCUGCAAAUUGCGCUGGAAUCUCCGGCUCCCAGAUCUUCCGCACCGAAGAUGCGCCUAAAUAUGUCCAAGGACUCACGGCCAUUUGCGCUCUAGCGGGGGCUUCAUGGGCCUUGGCGGCGGUGCUUGGUGCCCAGUACUAUCUUCGUCGACGCAAGACACGCUCCGAUGAUCAAGAGUCAACGCCUGUCGUGACAUGA